CUCCUACUUCCGUGCUCAUGCCAAGAUCCUCCAGCAUCAUUGUGUCUGGGAGUGGCAGCACGGAGGAGAGGACGGGCCAGCAGACCAGUCAGUGCCAGUCAAGAUUGCUCAAGAUAUCUUCAUUCCGUAAAAACAAAACAACAGCAGGAUGGCUGAGAACACCGUGUCAGACAUUGAGACGUCCUUCAGGAAGUUUGCCGUCCACGGUGACAGCAAGGCGACGGGAAAAGAGAUGAAUGGGAAGAACUUUGCAAAGCUGUGCAAGGACUGCAAUGUCAUCGACGGGAAACACGUCACCACCACAGACGUCGACAUUGUGUUCAACAAAGUCAAGGAGAAGUCUGCUCGCGUGAUCACCUACGAGCAGUUCAACACUGCGAUGGAGGAGCUAAGUCUGAAACGUUUCAAAGGUAAAAGCAAGGACGAAGCCAAGGAACUGAUCAACGGCCUCAUUGCUGGGAAGGAACCUGCCAAUGCUGGCGUCACUAGAGCGACAAAGGCCGGCGCAGUGGACAGACUGACGGACACCAGCAAGUACACUGGAGCUCACAAGCAGCGGUUCGACGAGUCGGGGAAAGGGCGAGGAAUUGCUGGACGUGAAGACAUUAAAGAGAACACAGGCUACGUUGGUGCUUAUAAGGGCAGCGGCACCUACGAUGACAAAGUCAAGGAGGGCAAGUCGUAGCUGAUGGUGACAGAAUAUUCAUCAACAUCUACAGUAUUUCCAGAGUAGAAAGCUAAAUAAAGACGCAAAAGACAGAGGUUUAUUACUAAUACGGACUCAUUAAAUUAACCCAAUGACGAAUGAAAUGCAGUUUGUGUGAAGAAAAACAUUUGCAUGCUAUUUGUGAUAAUUAUUGUAUUGAGUGAGUCGUGUGAGACAACUAAUGUAAAUUAAA